AUGACCGGAUUAACCAAAGAACAACUCAGUAAAUUUAAUGAUGAAGGUAUGUUAUGUAUUCCGAAAUUUUUAAACUCAGAUCAAGUAGGUGAAUUAUUAAAAAGAUCAAAAUUAAUUCUUUCGCAAUGUGAUUUAUCAAGUCACCCGAAAACAACAUUUAAAACAUCAGAUAAUGAUCAUAUAGGAGAUAAGUAUUUCUUUGAGAGUAGUGACAAAAUAUCAUAUUUUUUUGACACAGAUGCAUUUGACGAAAAUAAUAAUUUGAAAUAUAGUUUAAAUAUAUCAAUUAAUAAAAUAGGUCAUGGAUUACAUAUAAAAGAUGAAAUAUUCAAGAAAUAUACGUUGAAUGAAGAUAUUAAAGAUAUUGUAAAAGAUUUAAAUUUCAAACAACCAAAAGUUUUACAAUCUAUGUGUAUUUUUAAACAACCAAAAAAGAAUAAAGAAGAUAAGGAAGUUAGACAAAAUGCAGUACCUCCUCAUACAGAUGGUACUUUUUUAUUCACAGAACCACAAUCUGCGAUUGGAUUUUGGAUUGCUUUGGAAGAUUGUACUAUUGAGAAUGGAUGUUUAAGUUAUAUACCACAAUCACAUAAAUUAGACACAGUAACUAAAAGAUUUGUAAGAGUAGAUGGUUGUGAAAAAGGAUGUACUUUUCAAAAAUUAAAAGAUGAAGAAGUAGAGUAUAAUGAUUCACAAUUUAAGACUGUUGAAUGUAAAGCUGGUUCUUUAAUAUUAAUUCAUAAUUCGGUGUUACAUAAAAGUGAAGAUAAUGUUUCAAAUAAAUCAAGAUAUGCUUAUGCAUUUCAUGUUAUAGAUGGAGAAACGAAAUAUGAUGAAUUAAAUUGGUUACAAGUUCCAUAUACUGGAGGAUCAAAUUUUACACGAUUAUACUAG